CAGCUGUGCCAAGGCGUCAUAUCUUCCAACACAGUCCGAACUUCCUCGCAUGCCUCUCCGGGCGGCCCAUCCACUAUAGCUGCUCAUAUCCAAUGAGCAUUUUUCACCGGGCGCCACCGGAAACCUUCCCGCGGCUCAUUGUGGAGAGCACAAGCAGAGCUGGGCGUCAUGAAUUAAAGAAAAGCCUGCAUUUACAAAUCUGAUCACCAAACCCCGCUGCAAGGCAGGCCGAUUCAAACCGGAGGUAUACUUGCGCAAUCAGACCGUUGGACAUGUGUGUGUCCCUGUCCAGAUGGCUCCGAGGACAUUCAUGGAUUCAUUGUGGUGUGGUUGGACCAGCGGCAGCGAAGCUGUUGCAUCGGAGAUGGUUUUGGACCCGGGUGAGGACUGUAUGGAUCGGACAGACGUCGACGGGGUCGGAGGGAGCAGCAGCACCACAGACCUGACGGGUCCAGAACCAAGACCGGACCCUCGCAAAACCACCACAACCGACAGCACCGGACUAGAAAACACCAGCCCAGAGCCUCCCAAAACCACCACCAACAGCACCAGACUAGAAAACACCAGCCCAGAGCCUCCCAAAACCAACAGCAGCAGACUAGAAAACACCAGCCCAGAGCCUCCCAAAACCAACACCAACAGCACCAGACUAGAAAACACCAGCCCAGAGCCUCCCAAAACCAACAGCACCAGACUAGAAAACACCAGCCCAGAGCCUCCCAAAACCAACAGCAACAGACUAGAAAACACCAGCCCAGAGCCUCCCAAAACCAACAGCACCGGACUAGAAAACACCAAAUCGGAUGCCCCCAAAACCAACACCAACAGCACCGGACUAGAAAACACCAGCCCAGAGCCUCCCAAAACCACCACCAACAGCACCACCACUAGAACAGAAGAGAUCAGACCUGACACUACCAAAACCACCAAAAGAACAGAGGAACCAACAGCGGACCCUCCCACCACCACCAACACUAGGCUCCACGCCAGGACAAGCAGUGUCACCAAGAGGGAGCGGGUAUCCAACUCUCACAAUGGACCCCAGCCUCAACAUCAGUCGUUGGUGGCAGAUGUCAGCCUUACCCCCAGCCCUGGGGCCAGUGUUGGCUCCUCUACCAACUCCUCUCACUCAGUCUUGCCAUACGAUGGACCGGUAGUCUCUCUGAGGCGGGACGUCACCAUGGCAACGGCCUCGUCUCGGAAUAAGGCGGCGACCAGACCCACUCUCCGCCGGCCCCUCAGCCUGGAUGUGACGCCCCUGCGCCUCCGUGGCUCCGAGCCAGCGCUGGACCGCAGGGUCCUACAGCCCCCCUGGCGCAGCGCUGGUGGUCCCUCCACUGCCCCCUCACCCCCAGCACGCUCCCUCACCAGCCCCAGCCUGGGCCCCGGAGGCUGGAUGCGCCGCAGCGAGAGCACCUGUACCGUCAACAACUCCUCAAUGGGCCUCCGGGCCACCAGGGGGCGUAUGCGUCCAGCCACCUCCCUUCCCCACAUUGCCCGGGGGUUUGGAGGGGCCUCCCCGCUGCCCUUGCCCUCCACACCGCGAGGCCCCUGUCUCCUUGUGGCCCUAAGACCCAUUAACCUAGACCAGGAGAGGCAGGCCUUCUUCCAGUCUGACUAUAAAUACGACCCCCAGUUUGAGUACUCGACCCCGGAGCCCAGCACUGUGCUGGAGAAAUACAGAGAUGGAUCUGACCUCUUCCUCACACAGGCUGUUGGGAUUAUGGAGUGUAUUCUGAGGAAGUUUGGUAACUAUGAGAACUUUGAGGAAGUGACAGGAGGAAGUAUUUUACCAAAGAGUCGAGUCUGGGCUGCUGCACGCAAGUACCUGCAGAAGGAGAACUGUGUAGGAGAGGUGGUGGUGUGUCUGUCUGAGGAGCUGCUGUCCCAGGCGGUGAUGAUGGUGGAGAGUUGUCGUCCCACUCUGACUAUCAACCUGUCUGGAGCACGACAACACUGGCUGGAGGGCAUGCUCAGGCAUGAGAUAGGAACCCACUACCUUCGAGGUGUAAACAACAGCCUCCAGCCCUGGUCUACUUCCGCAGGCAGGAAGCAGUAUGGCCUCAAACCGGCCAAUCCCACGGAAGAAGGGUUGGCCAGCCUGCACAGUGUGUUGCUACGGAAACAGCCCUACCUGUGGCGUGCCGCUCUGCUCUACUAUACGGUGUAUCACGCCACCAGGAUGGGCUUCAGCCAGCUCUUCAGCCACAUCGCUCAGUUCGUCCAGGAUCCGGUGGUGCGCUGGGAGUACUGCCUCAGAGCCAAGAGGGGACAGACGGACACCUCGCAGCCUGGGUGUUUCAGUAAAGACCAGGUGUACCUGGACGGAAUCCUCAGGAUUCUACGACAUCGGAGGAACAUCGACUUCAAGAUGCUGACCUCGCUAGGCAAGGUGUCGUUUGAGGACGUGGAAAGGCUACGGCACAUCGCUGUCCUCCGCCGGACCAGAAUCCCUCACUUCAUGCAGGACCAGGAGAAAUACCUUCAGCAUCUGGACCACAUCGUCACGGUCAACGAACUGAGGGACGCUCAACUUAGAGAACUCCUUCCCUGACCGACGGACCGACCGACCGGCCGACCGACCGACCGACCGACCGACCGACCUUCAGCUGAGCGCGCUAGAUCACCUGCUGGGCGUCAACAAAGGUGGCGAUUCAACAUGUGGAAUGGUCGGGAAAUGAAUAGAAAAUGGCGAAUGAUGUUCGGUGGUCAGAGGCGUUAAGAAUGGUCACCUGCUGCUAAUUACCUCUGGUCAGCGUGGUCUGUUUUUCCCUUGACUGACUCUCUGGUCUAGACUGGCCAUCCCAUCCUUGACUGACUGACUCCCUCUGGUCUAGACUGGCCAUCCCAUCCUUGACUGACUGACUGACUCCCUCUGAUCUAGACUGGCCAUCCCAUCCUUGACUGACUCUCUGGUCUAGACUGGCCAUCCCAUCCUUGACUGACUCUCUGGUCUAGACUGGCCAUCCCAUCCUUGACUGACUGACUGACUCCCUCUGGUCUAGACUGGCCAUCCCAUCCUUGACUGACUCUCUGGUCUAGACUGGCCAUCCCAUCCUUGACUGACUCCCUCUGGUCUAGACUGGCCAUCCCAUCCUUGACUGACUCUCUGGUCUAGACUGGCCAUCCCAUCCUUGACUGACUCCCUCUGGUCUAGACUGGCCAUCCCAUCCUUGACUGACUGACUCUCUGGUCUAGACUGGCCAUCCCAUCCUUGACUGACUCUCUGGUCUAGACUGGCCAUCCCAUCCUUGACUGACUGACUCUCUCUGGUCUAGACUGGCCAUCCCAUCCUUGACUGACUGACUGACUCCCUCUGGUCUAGACUGGCCAUCCCAUCCUUGACUGACUCUCUGGUCUAGACUGGCCAUCCCAUCCUUGACUGACUCCCUCUGGUCUAGACUGGCCAUCCUGUCCUUGACUGACUGACUCUCUGGUCUAGACUGGCCAUCCCAUCCUUGACUGACUGCCUCUGGUCUAGACUGGCCAUCCCAUCCUUGACUGACUGACUCUCUGGUCUAGACUGGCCAUCCCAUCCUUGACUGACUCCCUCUGGUCUAGACUGGCCAUCCCAUCCCUGACUGACUCCCUCUCGUCUAGACUGGCCAUCCCAUCCUUGACUGACUGACUCUCUCUGGUCUAGACUGGCCAUCCCAUCCUUGACUGACUGCCUCUCGUCUAGACUGGCCAUCCCAUCCUUGACUGACUGCCUCUCGUCUAGACUAACCCUAAUCCUCCCAAGUGUCAUUCAUCACUCUGCUGUUGGAAAGCCCUGGAAAUGAAGGCUAGUGUCCGACCGACAGAGUGUGUGGAACGGACAGAUCAGCAUUCAGAUCAUAUCUACUACGCUUGGAUCAUAUUCACUCUGUCUGAGUCCUAAACGGCACCCUAUUCUCUGUAUAGAGCCCCCAGGUCAAAAGUAGUGCACUACCCUAUGGACCCAGGUCAAAAGUAGUGCACUACCCUAUGGACCCUGGUCAAAAGUAGUGCACUACCCUAUGGACCCAGGUCAAAAGUAGUGCACUACCCUAUGGACCCUGGACAAAAGUGAUGCACUACCCUAUGGACCCUGGUCAAAAGUAGUGCACUACCCUAUGGACCCUGGUCAAAAGUAGUGCACUACCCUAUGGACCCAGGUCAAAAGUAGUGCACUACCCUAUGGACCCUGGUCAAAAGUAGUGCACUACCCUAUGGACCCAGGUCAAAAGUAGUGCACUACCCUAUGGACCCUGGUCAAAAGUAGUGCACUACCCUAUGGACCCUGGUCAAAAGUAGUGCACUACUCUAUGGACCCAGGUCAAAAGUAGUGCACUACCCUAUGGACCCAGGUCAAAAGUAGUGCACUACCCUAUGGACCCAGGUCAAAAGUAGUGCACUAUAAAGGGAACAGGCUGCCAUGUGGGAUACAUACUAUAUCAUGGUCAAACAGUCCAACAGGUCAGUGGGUUGUUGUGAUGACAGCAGUCCUGCAGGGAAACAGAACGCUUCUUCUGAUACUUGGAUGAUGUCUCCCUUGUGUUCAUAUUCAACCCCCUGGAUGAUGUCUCCCUGGAUGAUGUCUCCCUUGGGUUCAUAUUCAACCCCCUGGAUGAUGUCUACCUUGUGUUCAUAUUCAACCCCCUGGAUGAUGUCUCCCUGGAUGAUGUCUCCCUUGGGGUCAUAUUCAACCCCCUGGAUGAUGUCUACCUUGGGUUCAUAUUCAACCCCCUGGAUGAUGUCUACCUUGGGUUCAUAUUCAACCCCCUGGAUGAUGUCUACCUUGGGUUCAUAUUCAACCCCCUGGAUGAUGUCCCCCUGGAUGAUGUCUCCCUUGUGUUCAUAUUCAACCCCCUGGAUGAUGUCUACCUUGGGGUUCAUAUUCAACCCCCUGGAUGAUGUCUCCCUUGUGUUCAUAUUCAACCCCCUGGAUGAUGUCUACCUUGGGUUCAUAUUCAAACCCCUGGAUGAUGUCUACCUUGGGUUCAUAUUCAACCCCCUGGAUGAUGUCUACCUUGGGUUCAUAUUCAACCCCCUGGAUGAUGUCUCCCUGGAUGAUGUCUCCCUUGGGUUCAUAUUCAACCCCCUGGAUGAUGUCUCCCUGGAUGAUGUCUACCUUGGGUUCAUAUUCAACCCCCUGGAUGAUGUCUACCUUGGGGUUCAUAUUCAACCCCCUGGAUGAUGUCUCCCUGGAUGAUGUCUCCCUUGGGUUCAUAUUCAACCCCCUGGAUGAUGUCUCCCUGGAUGAUGUCUACCUUGGGUUCAUAUUCAACCCCCUGGAUGAUGUCUACCUUGGGGUUCAUAUUCAACCCCCUGGAUGAUGUCUCCCUGGAUGAUGUCUCCCUUGGGUUCAUAUUCAACCCCCUGGAUGAUGUCUACCUUGGGUUCAUAUUCAACCCUCUGGAUCAUAUGUCCGUCUGUAUGGACCAUAUACUGUACGUCACAGAACUACAUUUCCAGUGAACGUCACAUAUAUCCAAUGCAUGUCUUUGAGGCAUUUUCACCUGCCCAUUAGGUUACUGCUGCUGCAUUUCCCAUCUCUUUGCCUUUACUCAUAUUCAAGUUACCUCAAUAUUGGAACCCAGGGGCCCGCAAUGAUUUUAUUUGCCCCCCCCCCCCCCCCAAACAGUUUUUCUUUACAUAUUGUUGGACAUAAUAUACUGUAAACCCACCAGCAAAUCAGCUGCAAGUGAUUUUAAUUUUGGAAAUCUGUUCCAAAGUAUUCUCACACAUAACAGAGAUAUAUAUGUGAUCGUAUACAAAUGUAAGGUUUGAAAUGAUUUUAAUGUUUUAGUCAAAUAUAUCUGUUGUGGCUUCUUGUGGUCAAAUUUGCAGUCUAUAAAUAAUUUCUAAUUAUGUUUUUCCGAACCCCUGAACAUCUGCUGAAGAAUAUAAACAUGGUCCUGUGGCUGAAUCUAGUGGAUGUUCCCUGCUGUAACCACUAGCUAACCUGGCUACAAGGUUGGGCUCAAUUCCAUUCCAAUUCAGGAAGUACACUGACAUUCCAAUUCUCUUCAAUAAGUAACAUUUGGAAUUUUGGUUUACUUUCUCUAUUGACUGGAAUUGAAAUGGAAUGGAUCCCUAACCCUGUCUGGCUGUAUCAUAUAAAUACCCACUGGGCAAAAACUGCUUGAAUCAACAUUGUUACAUCAUUUCAACCAAAGAAAUGUAUCUGUGAUGAAAUUGAAUCAAUGUGGGAAAACUGAUUGGAUUAGAAAGUUAUCAACGUAUGGGAAUUUGGUCUAUUUUACACCCAUCUUUUAACCUAAAUCCAAUGUCAUCGUGACAUUUUUUAGUUCAUUUCACAUUGGAUUCAUGUUAGUUGACAACUCAACCAAAUGUAAAUCAAAAAAAGCCUACAUUAUACCACUGCAGCCCAUGUCUGGAAGACUGUGCUUCUGCUUCUUAUACCUCUGGAAACAACCACAGGGUCAUGUCAUGGAUUUGUAAGUUAUUUCAUUUGUCUGUUUUUAUUUUCAGGACAAAAACAAUGAAUGUCUAUGGUAUUAGUUUUGUAUCUCCUUUUUGUGGAGCUGAUUGUUUUAAGCCUUUAGCUUUGCUAAAAAGAUCACGAAGGAGCACUCAGUUCUAUUCCAGAACCCGGGUAAAGAACACCAAGGAGCACUCAGUUCUAUUCCAGAACCCGGGUAAAGAUCACCAAGGAGCACUCAGUUCUAUUCAAGAACCCAGGUAAAGAACACCAAGGAGCACUCAGUUCUAUUCCAGAACCCGGGUAAAGAUCACCAAGGAGCACUCAGUUCUAUUCAAGAACCCAGGUAAAGAACACCAAGGAGCACUCAGUUCUAUUCCAGAACCCAGGUAAAGAACACCAAGGAAUUAUUUUCCAGAAACCAGGUAUAGAAGACUAACUAUUGACUGCCAAGACUCAUUCUGACUGGUCUGGAUGUUCACUAUUAAAAUAAAUCUUCCCUGGGAUUAAUUUUUACCACUA